CGUGUACUUGGGGUGGCACUGAGCAGUAACGCAUCUUCUGGGCUACUGUGGGCAGGGAAGGAUUCAGUGAGACUCACAUGUUCAGCUCUUGGCACUAAUGUCACCUUCUCCUGGCACCUGGAUGGGGCACCAUUACCCACAAACCCCAGGUAUCACUUAAUGGAUUCCAACUCCAGCCUCAUUAUCAGCCCUGUGGAGAGAACAGACAAUGGAUUCUUUACCUGCACUGCCUCUAACAGUUUGAAUAGUGAGACCAGCAGCCCCCUGACUCUCAGCCUUGGCUGGUCUCCUGAUGGAAAUGUUCAGUGCAAUGCAGCCAGAGUGGAUCAGACAGUGAGACUGAGCUGUUCUUGGCCCGGAGGCAACCCUGCUGCAACUGUUACCAUGGUAUUUCAGAAUAACAGAUACACAGCACAGGAUACAGUGACUAGGAAUGUACCCCUUAAUGUCAUCUCCUCUGGGGCAGAACUGACCUGCUUGGGUACACAAUUGGGGCAGGAUAUGGCCAGCACCAUGAUUAUGGGAACUCCAUUUGGGUCACCCAGUAACUCUGUCUCUUCAGUGAAUGAAGGAGAAAAUGUCACCAUGUCUGUCAGCUUAGACUGGAGCAGAACUGUUUCUCCCAGAAUUCAGGCACUUCCUGCAACAUUCUCCUGGUUCCAUCUUAACUCUAACCACCCUUUUUUAACCAAUGGAGGAAAGAUCUCAGUCAUUUCCAGUGAUUAUAAAUCAGAGCUGGUGAUAUCUUCAGUGACUGCCAGUGAAAGUGGAAUUUAUGAAUGUGAAGCUGAAAAUUUUUUGGGAAACUCAAAAUUCUCCUUUUACGUCAGUGUGACUCCAGGUUCCAGCAGCAGCAGUAGCAGCCAACUCUCCCCUGGUGCAAUAGCCGGCAUUGUGAUCGCUGCCCUGUUUGUUGUAGCGCUGAUACCUCUCACCGUAAUCUUCAUUCUCCGCAAGAAGAACAACAACAAUGUUCCAACUCCCACAAUUCCUGUGUAUGAGAAUACAGGUGCCCAAGCACCAAACCAUUAUGAUCGUAUCAUCACAGCAUCAAAGGAGGACAUGGCUGGAAAUAAUCUCCAGGAAUCCGGCUAUCAGGAACUUCAAUUCUCCCAUAAUGAUGUGUAUAAUCAUUUGAGGAACGCUCCCAGAUAAUAAUCCAGAUUAUUUCCAGAGCUGGAGACACAAUAUAGGCUCAUGAGCUGAAUGCAACCUUGUUCCUAAAGAACACAUGGGCCGUGGGUCGGAACACAGAACUCAGAGGCGCACAAUCUUCCCAGUCUUUGAGUGAUAUUUGCCCAUGCCCUGUCCCACCCAUACCACCCCACUUGGGAUACAUUACAAUAAAUUUUCUAUACAAUUUUAAAAGUAUAUUAGAAGCCGAAUGUGGAGACAUGGAAUCUAUUCCUGUUCUGCCCAUUAAGUGUGAGUUGGGACAAGUCUGUAUGCAUAUGGGAUAUAUGUGGAUUUUUGGGGGUUUAUGUACAGGGAUUGUUUGUGAACUGGUAAUCUAAU